AUGGGCGAGUCUUCAGUAAAGGACCGCCUGCGCGCCCAGUCCAAUGCCUUUGAUGGCAUCCUGAGUCUUAUUCCUGCCAAGAUGUACUACGGUGAAGACACAAGCGAUCAAUGGAAUAAGAAGAAGCAGACGAAAGAAGAAGCGGCCGCCGCCCGUCGCGGAAAGUUGGAUCCUGAUAGCGAGUUGAACCGCAAUGCUAAGGAGGUCAUGGACGAGCGCGCCAAGAACAAGCGCAAGCUGCGCGAGAUGGAGCAACAGGAUGAAGCCGAUAACGAUGACGACUGGGAAAACUACGAGCCCGUUCCAGGCGUAGACUCUGAGAAGCCGGGUGAGGGUCUCAAGGCUGCUAAGACUGAGAACAACAAGAAGCAGAAGCUCGCCGACGAGAACGACGAUACAGAGCCCAAGGCACCGGCUGAAGCAACUCCCUCUAAGGUGUCUAGGAGAGAGGAAAAGAAGGCGGCUAAGAAGGAUAAGAAGAAGGAUAAGAAAACCGAAAAGACGACAAAGGCCGAGGCAGAUGAGACUGAGAGCAAUGAUGCGCCAGCCCCUACACCAAAAGCCCAGAAGCAACCUGCCAAGAAGCAAGCAAAGAGCCCUGCCACUAAGGUUCAGAAGCAAAAAGAGGAGAAGAAGGAAGAGGAGACAACAAAUAAAGGCGACGGCGAAGUUUUGCCUAUGGAUAUCUCUGGUAUGGAGAAAGAGGAUGAGGUUAGCGGCAACUCGAGUCACGAAUCCGAGCCACACUCCCCUACGUUUGACACAAACGAUUCCACAGCAGCCCCUGCAGAGACUACCACCGACCCUGCCAGCACCACUACCUCCAUCUCAUCCACCGUCGCCCCUUCAGAAAAGCCCAAGCACAUCAAGCUCCCGGCCGACACCACUGCCAUCCGAGCACGCCUUGCUGCCAAGAUUGAGGCUCUCCGUGCUGCCCGAAAAGCUGAUGGCCCUGAUGGAAAGCCCAUUCGCACACGCCAGGAGCUUAUUGAAUCGAGACGAAAGAAACAAGAGGCCCGAAAAGCCCACAAGCAGGAGUUGCGCAUGCAGGCUAAGCUUGAGGAGCAACGCAAGCGUGAGGAGGCAUUGAUAUCAAACUCGCCUGGUAUUAUGAGCCCCGCUGUCGAGCUUGAUGAGAAUGCUAGCAACUUCACCUUUGGUCGGGUUGCCUUCGGCGAUGGUGCCCAACUCUCUCGCGACCUUGGCCAUGUGCUGACCCAGGGCAAGAAGAAGGGUCCUUCGGAUCCCAAGACAGCUCUCAUCAAGGUCCAGAACCAGAAGAAGCGUCUUCAGGAGCUUGAUGCCGAGAAGCGAGCUGAUAUUGCCGAGAAGGAUGCCUGGCUGACAGCUCGCCGUCGCGCAGAGGGCGAGAAGAUCCGCGACGAUGAAGCUCUUCUCAAGCGCGCCGUCAAGCGAAAGGAGGUUGCCAAGAAGAAGAGUGAGAAGGCCUGGCGCGAGCGAUCUGACGGCGUUAAGCUAGCUCAGAAGGAACGUCAGCGCAAGCGAGAAGAGAACCUGCGCGCGCGCCGCGAUGACAAGAUGCUAGGCAAGGCCGGCAAGAAGAAGAAGAAGGCCGGUGCCGCUGGUGCUAAGAAGAAGGGUCGCCCUGGUUUCGAGGGAAGCCUGGGCGUUGGAGGUGGAAAGAAGGGUGGAAAGAAAUGA